UCUGGAUGGGGGAGGUGGGUGUCAUGUGACCUUGUUGGCAGGCAGCUGGUCAUGUGACCUGUAGGAAGCAUCUUGGUGGCCAUUGGGCAGUGCUGGUAUUUUGCAUCUUAUACAGAGGACUUUACAAGGGCAAGUUAAGGAAGAUCUGUAGAAGGACAUCAUCAUGGCGAGCCGACCACCCCUCUCAUCACUGGACGGAUCCAGUAACAGAAAUUCCCCAGAGAGAUGUCCCCGUCCUCUGUAUUCCCGGGACUCCACACAGGAAGAUCAGGAGAUCCUUCAGGAGGAUCAGUAUGAAGGGGUGAUUGUUGUUAAAGUUGAAGAUGAAGAAGAGGCAUAUGAAAUGGGUGAUGAUCCGUGUAAGGAGGAGGAGAUCCCUCCAGAGAUCAGCACAGAUGGAGCCAGAAAUAUCCCAGAGAGAUCUCUUCGUCCUCUGUGUUCUCAGGAUUCCACACGGGAACAUCAUGAGAUCUCUCAGGAAGAUCAGGAUGGAUAUCCUAAUGAAAUAGGAGAAGACGAGAUUAUUUCUGAAGAGGAAAAACAUGAGACAAAUGUAAAGGGCAAUGAUCCGUAUAAGAAGGAGGAAAUCCCUCCAGAGAUCAGCACAGCUGACAAUGCAUACUGUAUCAGAGCAAAAGCCAUAAGGUCAAAGGAACUGCCUACAGAGCUCAGAGACAGGAUUAUUGCAAGGCACAGAUCUGGUGAAGGCUACAAAAAGAUUUCUUCCGCUCUGAAGAUUCCCAAGAGCACGGUGGCCUCCAUAAUUCUCAAAUGGAAGAAGUUUGGAACGACUAAGACUCUCCCAAGAGCUGGUCGCCCGGCCAAACUAAGCAGUCGGGAAAGAAGGGCCUUAGUAAGGGAGGUGACAAAGAACUCAAUGGUCAUCUGACUGAGCUAUAGAGAUCCUAUGUGGAGAUAGGACAUUUCCAGAAGGGCGACCAUCAAUGCAGCCCUGCACUGAUGUGGGCUUCAUGGUGGAGUGGGUAGACAGAAGCCUCUCCUCAGUGCAAAACAUAUGAACACCUGCGUGGAAUUUGCAGAAAGCACCUGGAGGACUCGCAAAUUGUGAAGAACAAGAGUCUCCGGUCUGAUGAACCCAAGAUUGAACUGUUUGGCCUCAAUUCUAAAUGUUAUGUCUGGAAGAAACCAGGCACUGCUCAUCACCUGCCCAAUACCAUUCCAACAGUGAAGCAUG